AUGUCAACAAAGAUUUACUCGAGAGAUGAUAUAAGCAAGCACAAUACCAAAGGUGAUCUUUGGAUCGUUAUAGAUAGUAUGAUCUACGAUGUUUCCAAAUUCAUGAACAUGCACCCAGGUGGAGCUUCUGUCUUCCUAGAUGAAGAAGUUGCAGGUCAGGAUGCUACGGAGCAAUUUUUCAACCUCCAUCGCGUGGAAGUUCUCCAGAAGCCGCAAUACAAGCGCUUAAUUGUCGGUCAAGUCGAAAAUGAGAAACCAAUAGUUAAAUUCCCACAACCGGGUGAUCUUUCUGAGGUUCCAUAUGGUGAACCAAGUUGGCUUUCAAAAGCUUACCAUUCGCCAUAUUACAAUGAUUCCCACAAAGCUUUGCAGAAGUGGAUGAGAAAGUUUGUAGACACAGUUAUCACCCCAGAUGCUAUCGCACGCGAGAAGGAUGGCAAAAGAUUCUCAGAUGACGUCGUCAAGAAAAUGGCUCAAUAUGAAAUUAACGCUAUGCGACUCGGCCCUGGCAAGCAUCUUCACGGUCGUACACUCGCCGAGGGCAUUGUCAAGCCCGAGGAGUUCGAUUACAUUCAUGAAAUGGUUAUCAACCAGGAACUUGUACGUCAUGGUCAGCGUGGCUAUGGCGAUGGUCUUCUUGCAGGUAUGGUCAUAGGUUUACCUCCAGUCCUCAAUUUCGGUAGCGAGGAAUUAAAGAAGCGUAUCAUUCCAGAAGUUCUUUCGGGUGAAAAAUUCAUCUCACUCGCUAUAAGUGAAGCAUUCGCUGGCUCAGACGUCGCAAAUCUCCGUACAACGGCCAAGAAAUCGGAAGAUGGUAAGCAUUGGAUCAUCAACGGUACCAAAAAGUGGAUUACGAAUGGUACAUUCUCUGAUUAUUUCAGCGUUGGCUGCAAGACCGAAGGCGGUCUUACUAUGAUCCUCGUAGAGCGCACUGAAGGUGUCUCAACCGAGCAAAUCAAGACAAGCUACUCCACUACAGCAGGUACCGCAUUCAUUACCUUUGACGACGUUAAAGUACCCGUUGAGAACACCCUCGGUCCAGAAGAUGGUGGCCUCUUGGUCAUCCUCUCUAAUUUUAAUCACGAGAGAUUUGUUAUGGCUACCGCAUCUGUCAGGUCUAUUCGCUUCGUUAUCGAGGAGUGCUUCAAAUGGGCAAAUCAGCGCAAGGUCUUCGGCAAAACUUUACUUGGUCAGCCAGUCAUACGCUACAAGCUCGCCGGUAUGGUAGCCAAAGCUGAAUCACUUCAAGCAUGGCUGGAAUACAUUGGCUUCCAAAUGACUAAAAUGUCCUACAAGGAACAAUCUAGGUACCUCGCUGGCCCUAUUGCCUUACUCAAGAUGCAAUGCACGAGAGUUGAGAACAGCGUCGCAGAUGAUGCUGUCCAAAUCUUCGGAGGCAGAGCGAUUACUCAAACCGGUAUGGGUCGUAACAUUGAAAUGUUUAACCGCACAUAUAAAUUCAACAGCUUAUUAGGCGGCUCUGAAGAGAUUUUAGGUGACCUCGGUAUACGUCAAGCAAUGAGACAGAUGCCAAAGAGUGCACGUCUUUAA